AUAGACAGCCCUCUGUCUGACUUCACAGUCAUUGACGCAAGAGUGACAGGCGGCCACAAAGAGGAGAGAAGAUGAGACGAGUGCAGAACUCACUGGGAGAGUGAGCGAGUGAAGUGAAAGGUGAUUGGAGAAACGUACUUGGGACCUAAAAGCGCUCAUGUUGCUUUGGACUUUCCCAACAGUACAAGUAAAGCACGGCUGAAACCGGUCUACCCCGAGGACACCAAUCUUCAAACAAAAUGAACAGCUCUGCUGCGUGGUCACCAACUUUGGUCAACACUGUUGUUGCUCACAUUUCUGUGUUCUCGCUCUCAGCCACAUCUCCUCCCACACCCCCCAUGCCGAUCUCCUCUGUGGUCACUCCUGACACAACUAGUUGCUCACUAGAUGAUGCGGCUUUCCAUCUGCCGCUAGCUGUUGUCUAUUCCCUAUUGUUCCUCUUCGGCUUGGCGGGUAACCUCUUUGCCUUGUGGGUCUUCCUUUUUGUUCACGCCAGCCGCAACUCUGUGUUCGUGUUCCUCAUCAACUGUGCAGUGGCGGACUUGGUGCUUCUGGCAUGUCUCCCAUUCCGAAUCUUCUACCACGUGAUGGGAAACCGCUGGCUACUGGGACAUGUCGCCUGCAAGCUAGUGGGGAAUCUCUUCUAUAUGAACAUGUACAUCAGCAUCAUGCUACUGGGGCUCAUCAGCCUGGAUCGCUACUUGAGGCUCAAAGGGAAGCGCAGGGAGAGGAGAGGCUUGGGGCUGCGGCUGUGCGGGUGCGGUCUGCCAUGGAGUUGGGUGGCAUGUGGAGCGCUAUGGGGCCUGUCUCUGGUGGCACUGGUUCCCAUGAUUGCUACGGCGGAGGACAAAGAGGACAACCACAAAUGUUUCCAAUUCAAGCGGCGGCAACUUGCCAGGGGGAAAGCCUACUUUAAUGUUGUACUGGUCAUAUUGUUUUGGUUUGUCUUCCUCAUGCUCGCGGUGUCCUAUGCCAAGAUCGCCUACCGAUUAAUAAAAGUGUCAAGGGACAAGCCAGAACUUCCCAAUGCACUAAGAUAUGAACGUACUGCAAAGAAAUCCUUCUUUGUCCUCUUCCUGUUCACACUUUGCUUUGUUCCCUACCACACCUUCCGGCCCAUCUACAUUCUCACCCAGCUUAAUGCCACAGCAUCCUGUGACUACUUGCGUGUGGUCGAUCACAUCAAUGAGGUCAUGCUGUUGUUUUCUGCCUUGAACAGCUGCUUGGAUCCGAUCAUGUACUUUCUUUUCUCAGGCUCAGUGCGCAAAACUGCCCUCCAUGUGCUUGAAAAACGACUUGGCAAUCGGCCUCUCUUCCAAAAUGAAGCCACAUCCAACAGCUCAACAACAGAGUUUCGAAGGCCUUCGGUACCUUUGGCGUUAACAAGAACUGUGGACUGAAUCUUCCCAACUGGUGUUGACCUUUCUGUUUGAAUGUAUCGGUCAAUUUAAUCCACAUGGUGAAAAAUUGGCAUCGUUAAAAGCGCUGAGUUUUAAGAAAGCAAUGAAUCAGAUACGAACACCAAUAAAUGUGUGGUUGGAUGCCUGCUGUGCUGUUUCAGUGACGGAUUCAGAGCUGCUCCAUCUGGACCCCUUGUGCUUGUUGCACAAGUUGGAUGCCUAAUCUGGUGACCAGAAGAAGGCCUACCAAAUUCACGAAAAUGCUGGAGCAGGGUAACUUGAACUGUUUGAUACUUUUCCUGCCCGCACAUGAUAAUUGUGCAUUGGUUCUCUUAGUUAUGAGCCCUUUUUUUCUACACCACUGCAGAUCAGGGGUGGGAAUUUAAUUUUCCAAAGGGGACAUUUAUGAAGCUGGAACACUUGUCAAGGAUCAUGCCAAUAUGUUAAAAGCUCAAAUUUGUUCCAUAUCAAUUUAAAUGUAAUUAUAUCAGCCAUUAAAUUGUAUUGCUUUAAUAAACUGCUAAUUGUGUAGACUUCGCACUGUGUAAGUGUCACUAAAAUUAGCUGAACACAGUAACAUUAUUUUGUGAUUUAGUCAACAAUAACAUAAAAAAAAAAUCUACAGUUCAGUGUG